CUUGCCCCCCCAGGGCCCCCAGGACUAUGAGGCCGUCCCGGUGGCAGCCUUCGGGCUGGCCAUGCUGCGAGGCAUGGGCUGGAGCCAGGGCGAGGGCAUCGGGCGCACCUUCAAGAGGGUGGUGAAGCCGCUGGAGCACCGCCUGCGCCCCCGCGGGUUGGGGCUGGGGGCUGAGCCGGCCCCCCCCGGUCCCCCCAAACCGGGGCAGCUCCCCCGGGGGGGCAACGAACCUGGUGGGGGGGGGGGGCUGGCGGUGGGGGCCGACGUCCGCAUCGAGGCCGGGCCCCACCGUGACAUGUACGGCAAGGUGGAGGGGCUGGACCCUGAAACUGCCCGGGCCGUGGUGCGCCUGGCGCUGGGGGGGCAGGUGGUGACGGUCAGCCAGCACAGUCUGCGGCCUGGCACCCCCCCGGGCACCGGUGAGUCUCCCAGUGCCCCCCAGUGCCUCCCAGUAGCCCCCCAGUACAUCCCAGUAGCCCUCUAGCGCUUCCCAGUAAUCAUCUAGGGUCUCCCAGUAGCAUUCUGCUGUCACCCAGUAACGCCCAGAGCCUCCCAGUAGCC